AACGUGUGCAUUCAGAUACUUCAUUUAAUUUCGCGGUGUUCCCGCGUAAGAUAAAAUGCGCAAAAUUCGUUUGCACAAAAUUUGUCUUUUCAGGCGAUUCCUGCUUGGGAAGGUACGGCGGCCAUCUUAGUUGUAAUAACGGCUAUCAACGCGCAUCAGGAAGUGUCCAAUCUAUACGUUUUACUUCUCGGGGGUCAAGUCUGUCAGUCAAACUACAUUCAAAGAGCGCUUUAGAGGAUUUCCGUAAUAUCCCACGAUGGACUCGGACAUAUUAAACAUAGAGGAUAUUGUGAUGGGAAGGGCAAUGCCAAAUCAGCCUCCAGAAAAUCCCCCGGAAAAAAAAGUGGAAUCAUACAAGCCUGUCAUUACAAAUGGACCCCCAGCACAGUCUGCUCAAUCCUACCAGCAUGAGAACCUGCAAUGUUUCCAGUGCUUCAUCACAUUUUGCAGUGCCAAAGCCAAAGAGAGACACAUGAAGAAGAGUCACCGGGAAGAAUACAAGCAACAACUUCAGCAGGGAAACACGUUGUUCACGUGUUACGUGUGUGACCGCACAUUUCUGUCCUCUGAGGAACUGACUCAGCACCAGCCAAUACACCGUAAAGAUGACAAGCCCUUCAAAUGUGCCCACUGCAAGGAAAGCUUCAAAGUAUUCUCUGAGCUCACAACACACAGAAGGCAGGUGUGUCCAGAGAAGCAGCUCCCGUGUAAAGAUUGCAACGAAACCUUCAGAAGUGCCGCGCUGCUGCGGACGCAUCGCCUUGCCCAGCACCCUCGCCCCGACACAGACGCCGCAGAGCAGCCAGACGACGCAGCCAAAAGCCACCGCUGCAAGAAGUGCGGUCAGGGCUUUGAGACGGAAUCGGAGCUGACCGAACACCAGGAAAAGUAUCCCGAAGGCGAGCUGUGCAACGGCAGCACCACGGCUGUUAAGAAGCGCGGGCGGCCCGCCAAAAGGGAGGAGGCCUCAGAUGCAGAGAAAAAGGUCAAGCGGAAAAAGAAGGAUGAAGCGGAGGUUCCUGAAGAAGGCGCAACAGCAACAGCAGCAGCGGCGGCCCCCGCAGUGGCAAACGCCAGCAGCAGCUCCGAGCCGGCGGCGCCUCAGCCAGAGGAGAAAGCAAAACCAGGGGCAGCAAAAAGGGGUCGUCCUUCUAAAGCAACAGCGGCAGCACAGAGUGAAGCAGAAGACAAGAGCGCUGACGGCGAAGAUGCAGCAAAGGAAGAGAAACCCAAAGCGGAGCCCGCGGCGCACCCUUGUCCGGAUUGCGACCUCUCCUUCCCCAGCCUCGUUCAGCUGCGUGCUCACAAGAAGGAGAAACACACCGUCCGUAAAGCCCACCCAUGUGCGGAAUGUGAGGAAAGCUUCGCCCGUCCCGAGCAACUGGACGCACACAUGUCACGGGUGCACGCCGUCGGCCGCUUCGCCUGUCCCACUUGCGGCAAGAGCUUUGGCCGCGAGCGCACCCUGAAGGCUCACCAGAAGAGCCACCCUGAGGAAGAGACGGAGAACUCCAAGGCUAAAAGAUAAUAACAGUGACUGGCCGUCUGAGGAACUUAGACAUGAAGUGUCCUCCUUUUUUUCUCUUUUGGCAUCCCGAUUCUCACGCUGAUGAUGUGAGGGGAGGUUUGGAUUUCAAGCUGUAAUCUAACUUAAAACAUCUCAUGUUGACUAGCUAAAUGUUGUUACUGUUAUCUAAACAUGAAAUAGUUCAUUUAUAAAAAAAACAUAGGAAGCAUUGAUUCACUUUUUUAAAUGUUUGUUGUUUAAUUUUAAAAUGUGUGGUGUGAAUUUCUUACAUAGUCUUGAGUUAAGGAACUCAUUUUGUAACAUUUUUUUCCCUCCUAAAAAAAGACUGGAUAAGAACAUCUUUUGUAAGGUAUUAGAUGGCGAGUAAAAAUGCCAUGUUUCAAAUGUUUCUCAAAAUAAUGUACAGCCUCUGGUUCAUGUUACACAUUUUCACACCUAAUAUUUACACCAGGAUUCUUUCUAACCUCAAAAGUUUUUUUUUUUAUAAACAUCACGCUUCAAAUAACUUGCCAAGCGCUUUAGAUUCAAUGUGGAGUUGUUGGCAUGUGGAUAAUUUGAUCCACUAUAAAGAUAAAUUCUCAUUCAUUACUCCUUUAUUUUUCCACUUAUGACAAUUACUAUGUCAUAGACAUUUAUGAAUGAAAAUGGUGGCUCUAUUAUGUUUAUAGUCCCACAAACAAGUAUGUAUAUUAAGUGUCUUCACUCUUUGGAUUGUUUCUCUCCCACUGAUGUGUCUGGACAGUGAACAUAUGUAAUAAAAACAUGCACGCCCAUGGAGGCU